AUGAAUGUCGGGGAUAGUGAAUGGCGGAUUACUGAUGAUAUUGCAGAAUUCAACGAAGAACUACAAAUAUCAGAUGACCUCCUCCUACUCAGAGGUAGAAAGGUAGAUAAUGUUAGCGAUGUGAAAAUAGAUAACUGCACACCUAGUGGGGAUAGAUAUGACAGGACAGGACAUAGGGAGGACAAGUGCACGGGAAAAUAUCAGGUCCAAUGCGUGGGAAACAUUGGCGUCCGGUUAGCGGAUAAAUGUCGGAUUGAGCGGAGACUUGUUGAAGGUACAACAAUUCAGAUGCUGCUAUUCGACCCUAAAGGGUUUCUGGACCAGGCUCAAGGCUCAGAGGAGAGGAAAUAUCAUGAAAAACUGCUUAGUACUCUGACUCCUACUGGUAACUGGUGAAAAGAUAACUUGCUUAUGUAAGCUACAAAAGUGCCAACAUAAGGUAAGGUAAAAACAGUCUCUACAAGCCCAGCCAGAAAUGAAUCCCUACA